CUGCGUGCGUUGCGCUCCGAGGUCGGCGUUGUUGUCUUAGCCGCUGCCAUCAUGUCGACAGCCAUGAAUUUCGGGACCAAGAGCUUCCAGCCGCGGCCUCCGGACAAAGGCAGCUUCCCGCUGGAUCACUUCGGUGAAUGUAAAAGCUUUAAAGAGAAGUUCAUGAAGUGUCUCCGAGACAAUAAUUUUGAAAAUUCCUUGUGCAGAAAUGAGUCAAAAGAAUAUUUAGAAUGCAGAAUGGACAGGGGAGUGGGCUGCAACCGGCUGUCCAGGCCCACCCUGAGGCUGGGCUCUGCUCAACACAGCUUCUGGACACAGUGUGGACGUCUAGCCCUCAGAGGCAACUGAUGGCACAGGAGCCACUGGAAAAACUGGGAUUCAGAGAUCUGAUUGAUGGAAAACCAGAAGCAAAAGACAAAUGCUGAUGGAAGAAGGUCAAUGGACUGCACUUUGAGGCAUCUAUGACGGAGCCUGCACACGAUGCCACGCAACCCUGGGGUCUGCUCUGCAAUGUCCCUUAAAAUGGGGCUUCGGGGGCCUGGGAAGUUCUUGACAAGAAGUCAGGAUGGUGAAGCCUUCUUCAAGGAUUUGCCUCAUAGUUGUGGGGGGAGGGGAGAGGGGGGCGCUUAUCCUUAACCUCCCAGAAUGGUGUUCAGAAACUGUUAUUUCUUUUAGAUCCUCACUUUCCCCAAGAGGGUGUUCUGUAUUGUCUUUAAAUCCGAGUGUGUGGCCAGGUUCAGGGGGGCUUGUGACAGGAGGUAAGAAUGCUGGCGUGGUAGUUCAGUUAGCACGGGGAUGCCUUGUCCCAUAUAGCGGUCACUCUACGUCUAAGACUCUUGAGUAUCUGUUCAGUGCUACUGUGAUAAACGCUCACGGAUUUCAGCCGGUUAUUAGACAGGUAAUGUCAGCAGACAGCCAUUCUAGCAAAGUGCUUUCACUUUUUACUCAGAAUUGGGUAUGCCACUGUAUUUCCUCCUUUUACCAAAAUAGAGCAUAAAACAGGAAGUGAGAAUAAUUGCAGCUUUUGGUAUGUUCGACUUCUUGAGUUUCCUGGUUGUGCCUGAACACCAUGGAUCUUUCUAAUAACAAGAUCAUUUUCUGGUUUGUGUCAGACUGUAUUUGUAGAACUAGAGGCUUAAGUUCAGUAACUCAUCUAUCGUACCGGAAACUAGGGUGCCAGUACACUUGUAGUUUGAUCUGACAAGUUGUCUCUGGAUUUUUUACAGGACAAGAGCACCUCUACUUUACACUAACCACACUUGCUUUGGCAUCCCCUGACAUGUAAGGAAGUGGUGGUGCUGUGCUGCCAUGGUUUUCAUUAGCAGACACUUAGAGCAGGGGGCUUCUCCACUCAGCUGAUCCCGAAUCACUGUGGACAAUUUAAACGUCCCCGGCUCCUGAGCCCUGAGGCAGAGUUCCUGGGGUGUUUUGAAAUGUGGCUAGGUUCACAGCCAUGUGCAUUGGAGUGCCGUUGGGUCCAGGCCUGUCCCCUCCCCUGCUCGGCUCUUCAGGAAGGCACUGGCCCUGUGACUGCUGGCUCAUGUCUGAGUCUGGCCAGUGGAGGACCGUGGCAGAGAAUGGCAGUGGGGAGAGGCCCAGCAUCGCUGCAACACUGGCUGUGUUCCUGUAGCUCCAGCAGCCAGGGCACAACCCCACCCCAAUUCUUGCUGCAUCUGGCGACCCCAGGCCUGGACCUCCCUGGGACUGCGAGUAGUGGAAGCUUAUCUUCUGCUCUGUGUCCCGUUCUCUGCAUUUCUGUCCCUUUGUUUCGGGGCUCACAUGGCCAUAUCUUGGUCAGCCCCUUGCUGAUUGGGUGACCCAGCGGAAGGUUCACCAUGCCCUCAGCUCUGCUGGCUGGUUCUUACUACCACUUCCAUAUUUCCCAACAAUGCAAGAUACGCACAGGACUGAUCAUGGCAGCCUGGCUUGUCAUUGGAAAAUAUUUGAAGUAACCCAGGUACCCUACAUAGGAGAGUGUGACCCGCCCAGGAGCCCCACGCAGCCACGGGAAGGAGAGGAAGACCCCUGACCGCCACAGGUGAUGCCUAGGACCUGUUGUCCAGUGAAAACAGCAGAGCGCAAAAGAGUGCCUGUGGUCCGUUAAAAAAAGAGCCCUGGUGGUGCAAAGAUUAAGCACUCAGUGGCUGUUAACCAAAAGGUUGGCAGUUCAAACCCACCCACCAGGAAAAAGACCUGGUAAUCUGCUUCCAUAAAGAAGCCAAGAAGACCCUAUGGGGGAGCUCUGCGGUCACAUGGGGUCACUAUGAGUAGGAAUUGACUUGACAGCACCCAGUAACAAGUCUGUUAAAAAGAUAUAAGAAAAUAUACAGAUAUAUGUUUAUUUGUACAAAAAGGAAUUCAGGAAGGAUAAAUGAGAAGCUAAGGAGAAUAUUGACCAACAGGAGUGGAUGGGCACAGGGUGGGGAGAAAGGAGACAAGGGGAAAUUUUUUUUUCUGCAAACCUGAUUUUUUUUCUUUUUUUUAUUAUUGUCUGGAAUUGACUCGAGGGCACUGGAUUGGGUAGAUGAAGGUUUACAGGACAAACUAGCUUCUCAUUAAACAAUUAGUGUACAUAUUGUUUUGUGACCUUGGUUACCAACCCUAGUCAGCACUCUGUCUUCUCGACCUUGAGUUCCCAAUCACCAGCUUUCCUGUCCCCUCCUGCCUUCUAGUCCUUGCCCCUGGGCUGGUGGGGGCACUCUUUUUGGAGUGUGCUGGUGGUGUAGUUCUGACUUAGGACCUUGUUAGUGUUGUCUGUGCUCAACAGUAAGUAAGCCCAAGGGCCGGAGGAGUGGAGGGGAGUCGGAACGGAACUCACUCCAAAACUACCGAGCUAAUUGCGCAUAGAUGCAUCUCGUGGCCACCAGGGGGAUCAGGGAAGAAAGGACUUAGACUAAAGCUGGCUACGAGAGCAAGUACUGCACUGCAGUUAAUUUGCUCUCCAUGUGGACCAGUCAUUCUGACUGUGUUCUCACGCUGACAAAACGGGGUAUGUUGUAGAUAAUGAGAGCUAGACUGCUCCCUGUUGGAGAAAGGAGUUGAAAACAAGGAAGGGGAAUGGCUGGAGUGCGCCUUGGUGUUGGAAUGGAAUCAAAGACAUCAGGGUUCAACUCAUGGUCUUUAACAUAUGUACAAAAAACAAACCAUAACUGUUGCCAUUGAGUCGAUUUAGACUCACAAUGACCCUAUAGGACAGAGUAGAACUGCCCCAUAGGGUUUCCAAGGAGCAGCUGGUGAAUUCAAACCUCCGACCUUCGGUUAGCAGCUGAGCUCUUAACUAUGUCACCAUGGCUCCUAACAUAUGUAUAGAUAGCUGGAUAUGGAAAUGGAUAUAGGUAGGUGUAUGUGUGUGUGCAUGUAAAUACACCUCUCUGUCCUAGCUCUGUGCACUGAGAGGGCCUAGAAGCAAUGACACCCCUGUGAGCACACCCAGCACCCAGAUCUUCAUGUCUGUGUCCACUCUGCAUUAAAAGGAAUCAGGGCCAAUUCCUGGGGCAGGGCAGGGGAAGUACAAGACAAGCCUGGAGUGUCUCAUUGUGUCAGAAAAUGAGGAAGUGCUGAAAAAAUGACCAGGGCUUAUCCAAAGAACACAGGAGGUAAUAAGAGGGUGUCCCAAUGGCCGGAUCUGGGGCGAUUUGAGCAGCAAAAUAAGGAGUGUAAUGGAGUUUAGCCUAUAGAAUAAAAUCAAUAUCUACAAGUCCAUACUGAUGUAAGUAAAUAACUGAAUACUUAUAUACCAGGGGGAAGGGAGAGUGCUUCCUUAUUAAUCCUGGUGAAUCAAUGCAGGAGCAAUGGCAGAAGCAGAAAGCCACUGUUUAGCAAGCACCAGGGUGCUGAAGGUCAAGACAAUGAUCAUCAAUGGGCACUGAAAUGAGUGGGCAAGAGUGACGUGAGACGACAUGUGCAUGGGCUAGAAGGAUCUCCCCAUAAGUCACUUGUGACCACACUAAGAAAACCGUAACAUCACAGUGGAGAAACAUCACCCUAACCAAGUGACCAAGGUCGAUAAUCUCUAGGAGUGAGACACAUCGACAUUGCACACCCCUGAUGUGAUGCUGGACACGGCAUCGCUUCUGUGGUCUUCCCACCAGAAUGCAUGACCUCACUGUAAUCAUGAGAAAGCACUGGACUCACCCAAACCAAGGGACACUCUGCAGAAUAACUGGCCAGGACUUAUCCAAAGUGUCAGAGUCACAAGAGAGGAACUGCCCCAGAUCAGAGGGGACUAAGGGGAUGCCAAGGAGCCCUGGGGGUGCAACAGCUAAGCGUUCAGCUGCUAACUGAUGGGUUGGUGGUUUGAACCCAUCAGCAGCUCAGCAGGAGAAAGGACCUAGCUGCUCCGGUAAAGAUCACAGCCUAGGAAACCCUAUGGGGAAGUUCUACCCUGUCACAUGGAGUCUCUGAGUUGGAACUGACUCGAUGGCACCCAACAACAAGAAGGAGAUGUCAACUGAAUGAAACAUGGGACCCUGGAUGGGACCCCAGAAUCCAGACAUUCAUAGGACAAUUGGCGGAAUUUGAAUAAGAUCCAUGGACCAGUUGUUAAUACUGCAGCCACGUUAAUCUCCUGAUCUGGAUCAAUGUGGCUAUGCAAGAUGCUAUUUGGGGAAGCUAGGUAUAUGAACUCUGUACUAUUUUUGCAGCUCUUUUGUAAGUCUGAAGUUAUUCCAAAAUGAAAGGUAGAAAGUUAAAAGAAUAGUUUGUAUUAAACUCUUUGUAAUUGGACUUUCUAUAUACACAAUUGAGUACAUUUUCAUUUGGAAAUAUAUUCAGUGCAUUUCAAACAGUGAUAAUACGAACAGAAGUGGUUUCAGCAAGCCAGAAGAAGAGAAAGCAUCGGAGGAGAAGUCCAAAAAUAGUGCCAUUGUAUCGACACUUUGACUUCUUUAAAAAUGAGCAGUGGCUUCUUGAAAUUGCCUUUGGUGCUCUAGAUCUGGGUUGCUAAGGAUGUAACGCUUAGGGAUCUAGAGGUCUUGUCGGUACCUGCCAAAGCUUCCUAUAAUAUAUUCCUGGUAGGCAAUUGUCACGCAAAAACGCGUUUCAUUUCUCACAAUGCUCUUGUCGUGAUAAGAGGAUUAUUGAGAGGAGCCCAAGGACAUUUUUGAAAAUGUUUUCCAAGUGUUCUUCAUAGCACAGGAGCCUGUGUGGGUGAACCAGGGUGGCCUGGUUGCAGGCUGGGUUCAUGACCACGCUCCCAGGAAGAUGGAGAUCAGCCUUGGGUCUGCAAGUGCCUCCAUUCUGGAGCUGGUAGCUUGCUUGGCUGUGCCCAUGGCCCCCAUUCACAUGGCCACUUUCGGCCACCUCCAAGAGAGCACUUGGCACCCGGGCUCCCACGUUGUGCCUCCCCCUUUCUGCUGGAAGUUUCUUCUUCCCUGAAGCUCCCUGUAUCAGUUUCUCAUGGCUGCUGUAACAAGCUCAGUGGCUUAAAGCAACACAGAUUUAUUCUGUUACAGUCUUAGAGGUCAGAAGUCUGAAAUGUGUCCACAGGGUUGGUUCCUUCUGAAGGUGCCAGGGGAGAAUUUAUUUCUUUGGCUUUUCUGUCUCCUAGAGGCCACCCACAUUCCUUGGACCAUGGCUCUUUCCUGUGUUAUAGAUUGAAUUGUGUCCCCCAAAACAUGUGUUGUAAAUUCUUACGUCUAUGCUUGUGGUUAUGAUCCCAUUUGGGAAUGGGUUGUCUUUGGCAGGAUUUGGGUAGGGUGUGUCUUGAGUCAAUUUCUUCUGAGAUGUAAAAGAGAUUAAACAAGGAAGCAAGAAACAGAUGGGGGAAGGCACAUGCCAAGCGACAAGAAGAUUGCCCAGGAGCAGAAGCUCAAAAGAGACAAGGAUCUUCCUCCAGGGCCAACAGAGAGAGAGUGUCUUAGGCUGUGUUCUCUAGAGAAGCGAAACCAGUGAAGCAUAUAAAUAUAUAUAGACAGAGAUUUAUGUCAAUGAAAUGGCUCAGAUGGUUAUAGAGGCUGGAAAGUCCCAAGUCUGUGGGUUAGGCUAGAGGCUUCUCCUGACUCAUUUAGCUGCAGGGGCUGGCAAAUCCAGUAUCAGCAGCUCUCUGGCUCACAGGCUGCGGAGGCUGACACAUCCUAAGAUUGGCAGGUAAGUUGCUAGCUCAGGUCCCAAGAACUGGAGAUUAGAUGAACAGGAGCCAACUGCAGGAUCCAGAGAGAGCAAAAGCCAGCCAGCUUUGUCAGAAAAAAAAAAAAAGUCAGAAAGUCCACCUAUAUUGGAUGCAGGUCACACCCCCAAGGAAACUUCCUUUCAACUGAUGGACUGUUCAUACCAGAGCUCAUCAUAGUGGUGAUUACAUUAUAUCAGAUCUCGUUAUGGAGGUAAUUACAUCAUUACAUGACUGCCAGACCACUGAGGGUCAUGGCCCAGCCAAGUUAACACACAACCUUAACCAUCACAGAGAGAAAGCCUUCCCCUAGAGCUGGCACCCUGAAUUCAGACUUCUAGCCUCCUAAACUGUGAGAAGAUAAAUUGUUUCUGCUUGUUAAAUCCACCUGCUUGUGCUCUUCCUGCUGUAGCAGUACCAGACAACGAAGACUCCAUCUUCAGAGCCAGCAGCGAAGCUUCCUCAGAUCUCUCUCGGUUCCUCUGCUUCCGUCUACACAUUGCCUUCUCUGACUCAACUCCUUCUCCUCAUUGCGUCAGGCCCACCCAGAUACAAGGUCAUCUCCCCAUUUCAGAUCCUUAACUCAAUCGCAUGUGCCAAGUCCCUUUUGCCAUGUGAGGUCACAUCCACAGGCCCCAGGGCUUUGGAUAUGGACAUCUUUGGAGGCCGUCACUCGCCAACGACCCUUCUCUGGACUGUGAAGAAUUCCCAGGGAUUUUUAGCUGUGUUUGGGCAGGCGAGGACCCCACCCAGGGACACUGGGGUGCUUUUCUUAAAAAUUGUGGCAGCAUUCACAUCACAGGUAGAAUUUUUUCGGUGCUGAGUUUUAAACCCCAUGUAGCCCUGAAAUCUUUGAACUUGCUUCACUGCUCCUUACAGACAAAUGACAAAAAGGUGGACAUGUAGUUAACAAGGACCUUGCAUGUGUGGGUGAACCCCAUU